AUGCCUCAAUCAAUACGCAAACUUGUAGUCAAUCUCGUUAUAUGCUGGUCGUUUUUGACCGGCGCUUUUGCCUUUCUAAAUGCUACCGAAGACUCUGUGCGACUGGUCCUCGCCAAUGAUAGACUAUACUCCUCAGUCAACAAAUCCACAGGUGCCAUCGACCAGCUUUUACUGGAUGGACAGGACCUUCUCGGAGCUCGCAACUAUGUGACGCCCACACCGGGGGGCGCCGGCGCUGGUAACAAUGGCAUCGGGCCAUACUUGGACUGUUACUGCACGCCUUCCGGAUUCUACACGCCUGGCUCCAUUGCUCCAAGAUACAAGCUUAUCAAAGGGGUUGAUUCGACUAACACGGCCUACGGAGGGAUUGUGAUGAGCGAGACCUAUCCACCGACAGGUCAAAUGCUAGAGCAGUAUUGGUUUCUGCGAGAAGGAGAGACCGGUCUGCACACCUUCAGCCGACUUGCGUACUACAACGAAACAAGGCCGUUCCUUCGGAACCUGCAGGAGUUCCGCACGCUUUUCAGGCCGAACACCCCGCUAUGGACCCAUCUGUCCACGAACGAAGAGCUCUACGCUCCAUUGCCGUCAAAGAACGCCACCGCGAGCCACGUCACUGUGCAGGAUGCAACGUGGUAUAUGGGCAAGACCCCCGAUGACCCGUACGUUGUGCAGAUGUCGGACUACUUCGGCAAAUACACGUUCCAUGACACCUGGCGAGAUCACGGCGUCCAUGGCAUGUUUGCCGAUGGGUCCACGAGCCCUGACGGUUCGACAUUCGGCGCCUGGCUUGUCAUGAAUACCAAAGAUACAUACUACGGUGGACCACUUCACUCAGAUCUUGUCGUAGACGGUAUCGUCUAUAAUUACUACGUAUCCAAUCAUCACGGCGCUGGGACACCCAACAUCACGCACGGAUUCGAUCGCACGUUCGGCCCGCAAUACUUCCAUUACAACAAAGGCCCCGCAUCCGCUACGGUGAAUGAUCUGCGAAACGAGGCUCUGCAGUAUGCUUCUCCGGUAUGGAAUGUUGAUUUUUAUGAUUCUAUAGCCCAACACGUGCCCAACUACGUCCCUUCCUCAAGAAGAACAACCUGGAAAGGACACAUCGACCUGCCCGAAGGCGCCGUCCGUCCUAUUGCCGUGCUGGCCCAGAACGGCGUUGAUUUCCAAGACAACGCGCUUGACGCAAGUGGUUAUCAGUACUGGGCCGACGUUGACCCAGCAACUGGCGACGUUGAGAUUCCUCAAGUCAAGGCCGGAAAGUAUCGGCUGACCGUCUACGCCGAGGGGAUCUUCGGACAGUACGAGAAGGACAACAUAGACGUAGUCGCAGGAAAAGUCCAUACCACCCAUGCGCGCUGGCGCGAGGAAUCCGCCGGAACAGAACUCUGGCGUAUUGGAACACCGGAUAAGAGUAGCGGCGAAUACAAGCACGGCUACGAACUCGACGAGACGCAUCCCCUACGGCCAAGAGAGCAUCGCAUCUACUGGGCGGCGUACGACUUUCCCACAGACUUUCCUGAAGGCGUCGUAUUCCGAGUAGGCGAGAGUCGAGAAUCGGAGGACAUGAACUACGUCCACUGGAGCGUUUUCGGUGGCAAGGCGAACUUCCUGCGCCCGGAGCCCUACUAUGAGAACGUGAACAACUGGACAAUCCUCUUCAACGCUUCAGAUGAGCAGCUGAGCAAAAAGCGGGAAGCAACGCUCACGAUCCAGCUGGCCGGCGUCAAGACGGCAGCGGGGAAUACAGAUAUUUUCAACACGUCCGAGCCCUACGCUAAUCUCCCAUACACCGUGGCGGUGAAUCAGCAGGAGUUGGAGCCUUGGGUGAUUCCCUACUACCACAGCAGCUCAUGCGCGGUCAGGUCCGCCGUCAUCUGCUACAACGUCGCGCAUAAGUUUACCUUCCCCACCGAAGUGCUCUCUGAGGGAGUGAAUGAGCUGGUGCUGAGUUUGCCGGCGAAGGCGACGAAUUAUGAACCUGCUUUGCUGCCGCAGUCGGUGUAUGUGCAGUAUGAUGCAUUACGCCUGGAAAUCAAGUGA